AGCCGUGAGGCUCAAGAGAUAGAGCAUGCGGAGGGGCCUUACGCAAGCGGAGUAUCCUGAACCCUUCCGCGAUGGUGCCUCUGAUUGCGGUGAGUUUUCUGGCGAGGACGGCAGCUACACCGAGACUGACAACGAGCACGAGUCGAUGCCAGAUAUCUGCAAGCGGGUUAUCAUUCACUAUGGAUUCUUGUUUCCGUUUCAACAUGCGCAACUGCUUGUUUUGUCAUCAUGGGCGUCAUUGCAUCGUUAAUAUUUUGGUAUGUGAAGUCGUAUUUCAAUCCUGGGCCACCCACAGCAUGUUACGCCCUCCCGUCCAAGGCAGGGUACCCCGUGAUCAGUCAGCACAAUAUCAAAACUCAGGAUGGCAUGAGCUUAAAAAUGUGGCGGGUUCCUGGUGACUGCGCCAAGCCGGUGUUGAUAAUGAGUGGUUUGGAGUGUUCUUCACGUGAUUGGUUUGCUGGACUCGAUUCAGAGGCGCUUCCGUGGCUUCUUUCGAGGGAGGGCUUCGACGUCUGGCUUGGAAACAAUCGCGGAGUGUUUUUGUCAAAUACGCCAGCGUGGAAUUGGACCUUCAUAGACAUGGCUGAUUUCGACCUCCCCGCCAUGAUCGACGCCAUUCUGGCUGAGACCCGCGCGUCAACUCUCAGAGCCUUCGUCGGGCACAGCCAAGGUGCGUUUCAAGGCUUUCUGAAGUUCGGCGAGGACGACACGAUACGGCGGCGCGUGGACCACUUCGUGGCCCUUUCGCCCGCGGUGUUCCUGACGCAGCAGCGCUACACUUGGAGAGUCCUCUCCGCGCUGCACCUGGACGACCUCGCCGUGCACACGUUCCUUCCGCCCGGGAGCCCCUUCGAGGUCAUGGAGGAGAUGCAGCGCGACCUGUGCUGGGUCAAGAGCUGGCUGUUCGCGUGCUGGGAUGCCGGAGGCUUGGCCCCGUGCGCUCCGCGGGCCCAGCCGAGCUCACCUCGCUCCUCUGAAAGGGGCCCACAGACACGCAAAUAGAUACA